AUAAAACCAGAGACAGCCUACGCCAUCUACCAUAUUCAUUACAAACACAUCAAAAACAACUCGUGUAUCAUAUGGAGGAAACUCAUAACACCGCAACCGCUGCCACCCCUACCAUCUCCGGCGAGCUCAUGAGCAGUGAUUUUCAAUUCUCCUAUCAGAAUUCAUUGCCUAAACCAGACGUCCAAAUCCUCACUUCCAAUGGCCUCCGCAUCCCGGCUCACACUGGCAUUCUCGCAUCGGUGUCACCGGUACUGGAAAAUAUCAUAGACAGGCCACAUAAACACCAUAGCUCCGAGAAGAUCAUCCCUAUCCUCGGUGUUCCAUGCGACGCCGUUUCCCUAUUCAUUCAAUUCCUCUACUCCUCAAGGUGCAGCGAGGAGGAGUUGGAGAAGUAUGGAAUCCAUCUACUGGCGUUGUCACACGUGUACUUGGUCCCACAGUUGAAGCACACGUGUUCAAAGGCUGUUGGUCACCGUUUGACCGUUGAGAAUGUGGUGGAUGUACUCCAAUUGGCUAGGCUCUGCGAUUCACCGGAUCUUUAUGUCAAGUGCAUGAAGAUGUUGUCUGAUAAUUUCAAGGCCGUAGAAAAGACAGAAGGGUGGAAGUUCAUGCAGGAGAACGACCCUUUUCUUGAGCUCGAGAUUCUCAGAUUCAUUGACGAAGCUGAAUCGAGGAAGAAGAGAACAAGGAGGCACAGAGAGGAGCAGAGAUUGUUCAUGGAGCUAAGUGAAGCAAUGGAGUGCUUAGAGCACAUUUGCACAGAAGGGUGCACAACCGUCGGUCCAUGUGACCUGGGACCUAGCAAUAAACGUCGGGGUCCGUGCAACAAGUUCUCCACAUGCGAAGGUCUUCAGCUCUUGAUCAAGCACUUCACCAUGUGCAAGAAUCGGGUUAAUGGAAAAUGCUCAAGGUGUAAGCGGAUGGGGCAGCUCUUAAGACUACACUCAUCAAUCUGUGACCAAACUGAUUCUUGCAGGGUUCCACUUUGCAGAUCUAAGAGAAGGAUUAUUUCUGGCCAUUUAUCCCAAUGAAAUGAUGGCUGGUUUAAUCAGUUUUUGAUGGAGAAGAAAGGGACAUUGCACUAAGCUAAUAAGGCUAAGCGAGGGCUACUUCAAUGUGACAGAUAAAAAUGAUAUUUUCAACAGAUUUUUUGAUCUUCAUUAUGGUUUGUCCAACUAAGUCUUCCGGCUGUACCUGGGGAUGGCCCAACUGGACUGAGAGGAAGGCAUGGAGCCGCAUGGUGGACCACUUCCCCCAGCUUCCAGAAGGCGUAGCAACCACCAAUUUAGCCGCCAAUUAGGAACAAUUGAAGGAUUGCCAUCAAUGCUUCGAUAACAUACUUUAUUGAAGGCUUUACCUAGUCAUAAUUUAUUGAAGACUGUACCAGUCCUGCAGUAACUAACAUGGCUGCCAUUUUCUUCACCU